CUUCGGUCUUCAGCUUUCAGUUUUCAGUACGAUGAUAUCGCCCUACGCGUGCGGACCGUUGAAUAGAACCGAAAAAGACGGGGAAUACGGCGAAGAGCAUGAUGACUAUUCGACAAGAUAUUCACAGUUGGACUCCUGCUCUUUUACAGGUUGCUUACUAGACGGAGUGCCCCGUCCUCCUGAUGUGCCGCCCCGCAACCCCACAAUGAGCCGAUUGAACGGGAGGCUCGCCUCCGCACCUCCAGCGGAAUCGCCGCAGGAUUUCGAGCCCUCUUGCCUCGUAAGGACACCGUCAGGGAACGUGUAUAUACCGAGUGGAACGAUUAAUCAUUCAAAUAAAAAUACAAUUGACUACAAGACCUCCAAUUCGCCGCCAUGUAGCAGUCCCUCCAAGGAUAUCAAAAAUCCCGAACGAUGUAAUAUACCUUAUGGAGGACACAGACCUGUGCUACCCGUCCGAAACAACUUGGGAAGGCCGAAUUCGUCGCAUUUUCCACAAGCCAGUCGAUUUCAUUUUAGGAAAGGUUUGGCCUCGAGAUGUACAUGGAAAUGCACAGCAUUAGUUUUUAUCAUAUUGACUGUCCUCUUUGCGGCGGGAUUUAUUUACCUUUUAGUUUCUAGUUUACCAAAUUGGUCAUAUCAGAAUUCGAAACCCUGCGAGGUGUUCGUGGGGGAAAAUACUCAAGUAAUACCGUCUUCGAAAACGGCUGUCGCAUCCGAAACGAAUCUCUCGACGUCGACCCGGCCGAAAGCUUCCAGCACGGGAGGUAAAUACGUAGAGCUAGCGCGUUCGAGGAAACGCAGAAAUGUUUUAGAUCCACCGCAUGUUGUGUUAGAUACUGAUGCUACGAGCAGUUCGAGUAGUGGUAGUGUGGCUAGUGCGGAUUUGCAUGAUGGUACUAGCACGUCUUUGCAUGAUUAUAGUUCUUCAAUUUCAUCGGUCAGCACUGAUUCGACUACUGGUGAUUUUGCUUCUUCUAUUACGUCUUUCGUUAGUACCACGGAAUCUACUUCUGAUGAGGUUUAUUCUACUGUAACGACUGAAGUUGAUUCUUCGGCUACAAUUGAAGAUGUUUCUUCUACGAUGACGAUGAUCAAAGAAACUACUACUGAGUCGAUUACUGAAGAGAGUUUGAAUUACGAUCUAAUGGCAAGUAACGAAGAAGACGAUGCUUCUUUAUUUAAACUCGAUUCAGGAGAAUACGAAGAUUUUAUAAAAGAUCAACCGAACGACGAAGACGAUUUAGAAAUUGUCAAAUUAGAUAACAAAAUAUUAUCAACAACGCAAAAAACCAAAUCAGCCUAUUUGAUCAACGACACAAGUACUAAUCAAAAUAUAGAAAAAAUCAAAUCCGGAGAUAGUUCCAAAGAACUUACAGACGCCAAUUUAUCAACAUCUCCUAUAAUCGACGAUAAGAACCUAAAGCAAAUACGUUUUAACGACGACACUACUUUAUACAAUAACUUUACUAACCAAAAAGUAAGUCUUGAUACUAACAAAACUAUUGUUAAUAUUGUGGAGUUUCCUAAAAGCUUGUCGAAUUCGAAAAAAGUGUUUGUUAACGUAACCAUAGCUACUGAUGAUACUAACAAUCCGUAUUCGGAACAAUCUGUGUAUGUGCUUUCGGUAGCAGUGCCUAUUCAGGACAAAGUACCUUCAAUCGAAAUAAACCAAAAACAACCUAAGGAGAGCUUCAACAACUCUGACAAAGCUGCUUUACAUCAAGUCUUAGAAUCCGAUAAAGACAAUUCAGGCGGGACCUGCGAAUGUUCUUGCCCGACUUUAGAUUCCACUGAACUUUCAGAUAAUACUUCGGAAGAUUUAGACGACAAUGUCUUUAUUCAACCUAUAAAUAUCUCCACAACACCGCCUAGUACUUCCACUGACAUGUCUUCAACUUCGGAAAGUUGGGUGACCAAUUGUCCCGAAGUUACAACAAAGCUGCCUCCACCGCCUACGAUACUCAUUUUAGAAGGUGCUCGCACGUUCCCAGCUCAAUCGUUUCCGCCAGACGGAACGACCUUCUCCCAAAUAUCCUUGGGCCAACGACUGUCCAAGGAAAUACCCGCUUACGGUUACUGGAACAUGCAAUUUUACCAAUCCGAGGCCGCCUACGUGCAAUUCGACUACAGCAUCCCCAGGGGAGCCAGUAUCGGAGUGUACGCGAGAAGGAACGCCUUACCGACGCACACGCAGUACCACAUCUUGGAGGUUCUCAGCGGAUUUAAAGCUAGAACUACCAGGGCCUCACAUCAAUCGACGGUCAAGAAGGAAGUAACGCAUUACAUGGAACAGGGCCAUUGGUUUUUGUCUUUGUACAACGACGACGGCGAUCCGCAAGAAGUCACGUUCGUGGCAGUGGUUGCAGACGACAUGACUCACAACUGUCCGAACGGUUGCAGCGGCAAAGGGGAAUGCUUGAUGGGCCAUUGCCAAUGCAAUCCCGGAUUCGGCGGCGACGAUUGCAGCGAAAGUGUAUGUCCGGUGCUGUGCAGCCAACGCGGCGAGUACAUUAACGGAGAAUGCCAGUGUAAUCCCGGAUGGAAAGGCAAGGAAUGUCAACUAAGGCAUGACGAAUGCGAAGUGCCUGAUUGCAACGGGCACGGCCAUUGCGCUAACGGUAAAUGCAAUUGCAUCAGGGGAUACAAAGGAAAAUUCUGCGAAGAAGGCGAUUGUCCGCAUCCGACGUGCUCGUCGCACGGUUACUGCGUCGAAGGUACCUGCAUUUGCAAGAAGGGCUGGAAGGGAGCCGACUGUUCCCAAAUGGACAAAGACGCUUUGCAAUGCCUUCCAGACUGCUCCGGACACGGGACAUUCGACCUGGAAUCCCAGACGUGCACCUGCGAACCGCGCUGGUCAGGCGACGAUUGCUCUCGAGAAUUGUGCGAUUUGGACUGCGGCCGGCACGGCCACUGCGUCAACGAGGCCUGCCAAUGCGAUCCGGGCUGGUCGGGCGAGUACUGCAAUCUGAAGCAGUGCGACCAGCGCUGCAACGAUCACGGGCAAUGCAAAAACGGUACUUGUCUGUGCGUGACCGGCUGGAACGGGAAGCACUGCACCAUCGAAGGUUGUCCCAACAGCUGCUCCGGCCACGGGCAGUGCAGGGUAGGCAGCGAGGGAAGCUGGGAGUGCCGGUGCGACAACGGCUUCGACGGCGCCGAUUGCAACAUUUUGCUCGAACAGAGCUGCAACGAUGGAAGGGACAACGAUAAAGACGGUUUGGUGGACUGCGAGGAUCCGGAAUGUUGCAUGAACGCGGCAUGCAAGAACAGUCAACUCUGCGUGUCCUCGCCGAAACCGAUAGAUAUUUUAUUGCGAAAGCAACCGCCCGCAAUAACGGCGUCGUUUUUUGAAAGAAUGAAAUUCUUAAUAGACGAGGGAAGUUUGCAGAACUACGCGCGUCAGGAGUCCUUUAACGAAAGCCGGUCGGCCGUUGUGCGGGGUCGCGUGCAAACCCCGAUGGGAACGGGUCUGAUGGGAGUACGCGUGAGCACCAGCUCGCCUCUCGAAGGCUUCACGCUGACGAGAGACGACGGCUGGUUCGAUCUCCUGGUCAACGGCGGCGGAGCGGUCACCCUCCAAUUCGGCAGAUCCCCCUUCAGCCCGCAGAGUCGCAUCGUCUACGUCCCUUGGAACGAAGUCGUGAUCAUCGAAAACGUGAUCAUGACCACCGGCGACGAGCGAUCGGUCAGCUUGAUCCCGCAACCGUGCACCACGCACGACUACGACACCAUGAAGCCGGUGGUGCUGGCCACGUGGAAGCACGGAUUCCAAGGCGCCUGUCCGGACAAAAGCGCCAUCCUGGCCGAGUCCCAAGUGGUGCAAGAGAGCCUGCGAAUUCCCGGCACCGGAUUGAACUUGGUGUACCAAAGCUCCAGGGCCGCCGGUUAUUUAUCGACCAUCCAAUUGCAACUCACGCCCGAGGUCAUUCCCGACGAUUUGAAGCUCAUUCAUCUGAGAAUUACGAUCGAAGGAAUACUGUUCGAGAAAGUGUUCGAAGCGGAUCCGGUCAUUAAGUUCACCUACGCUUGGAACAGACUGAACGUUUAUAGGCAAAGAGUUUACGGCGUGACCAAUGCAGUGGUGAAAGUCGGUUACGAGUACAGCAACUGCAAGGAUAUCAUUUGGGAUGUCCAAACGACGAAGCUGAGCGGACACGAUAUGAGUAUUUCAGAAGUAGGAGGAUGGAAUUUGGAUAUACACCACAGAUAUAACUUCCAUGAAGGUAUUCUCCAAAAAGGUGAUGGAUCCAAUAUCUACCUUAAACACAAACCGCGCGUUAUUCUUACUACUAUGGGAGAUGGACAUCAAAGGCCUCUGGAUUGUACUGAUUGCGAAGGACAAGCUUCCAAACAACGCCUUUUGGCGCCAGUUGCAUUAGCCAGUGCACCUGACGGUUCCCUGUUCAUCGGCGACUUCAAUUUAGUGCGAAAAAUCCAAACCGAUGGAAUGGUUCGAACGAUAGUCAGAUUAAACGCGACGCGAGUGUCGUACCGCUACCACAUGUCGCUGAGCCCGUUAGACGGUACUCUGUACAUCUCGGACCCCGAGUCUCACCAAAUCAUCAAAGUUCGCAGCACCGACGACCAUUCCGAUCCCGAUCACAACUGGGAGACGGUCGUGGGUUCCGGGGAACGGUGCCUGCCGGGCGACGAGGCGCACUGCGGAGACGGCGCCCUCGCCAGGGACGCCAAACUGGCCUAUCCGAAGGGCGUAGCCGUUUCGAACGACAACGUGCUCUAUUUCGCCGACGGUACCAACAUCAGAAUGGUGGACAGAGACGGCAUCGUUACGACGGUGAUAGGCAACCACAUGCACAAGUCCCACUGGAAACCGUUGCCUUGCGAAGGCACUUUGAAUUUGGAGGAGGUGCAUCUGAGAUGGCCCACCGAGUUGUCGAUAAAUCCGCUCGAUAACACCCUUCACAUCAUCGACGACCACAUGAUCCUCCAGCUGACGUUGGACGGUAGAGUGAAGGUUAUAGCCGGCAGGCCUCUUCAUUGCGCUUCGCCGGUGACCGGGUACGAUAUCGAACUCGCCACCCACGCGACUCUGGUGAUGCCCCAAAGCAUAGCCUUCAGCUCGUCCGGCGACCUCUACGUGGCCGAAAGCGAUUCUCAGCGAAUCAACAGAGUCAGGGUGAUCGGAACCGACGGUAAAAUAUCCCCCUACGCCGGCGCCGAGUCGAAGUGCAAUUGCUUAGAGAGAGGCUGCGAUUGCUUCGAAGCCGAUCACUUCCUAGCGGCGAACGCUAAAUUUAACACCAUUUCAUCGGUAACGGUUACACCUGAUGGACACGUACAUAUCGGAGAUCAAGCGAACUAUAGGAUACGAUCUGUGAUGGCCAGCAUCCCCGACGCCAGUGCUACCAGAGAAUACGAGAUUUACUCGCCGGAAACUCAAGAGAUUUACAUAUUUAACAGAUUCGGGCAACACGUCGCUACUAAGAACAUCCUGACCGGAGAGUCCAGUUACGUAUUCACCUAUAACGUUAACACCAGCAAUGGGAAAUUGAGUACCGUUACGGACGCCGCGGGAAAUAAAGUGUUCCUGCUCAGAGAUUAUUCUAGUCAAGUCAACUCGAUAGAAAACACGAAAGGCCAAAAAUGCCGCUUGCGAAUGUCGAGGAUGAGAUUGUUGCACGAGCUGAGCACGCCGGAUAAUUACAACGUUACUUUCGACUACCACGGCCCCACCGGGUUAUUAAAAACCAAAUUAGACAGCAGCGGUAGAAGUUACGUGUACAAUUACGACGAAUUCGGCCGAUUGGUAUCGGCGGUGACGCCAACCGGAAAAAUAAUCAGCCUCUCAUUCGAUCUCAGCCUGAAAGGAGCCACCGUAAAAGUCAGCCAGAACAACAACCCUCCCGUUUCGAUGCUGAUAAAAGGCUCCACGGUCUCAACCAAAGUCGAUCAAGUGGAAAACAGAAUCAUCCUGCUACCGGACGGUAGCGUCACCAGCAUGUCAUCCUGGGCCCACAGCAUCUCCACCGAAACCGUUCCUUAUAAUAUUUUGGCCGACAAGGACCCCAUACUGGGCGAGAGUUACCCCGUUCCGGCGAAGCAACGCAUGGAAAUCGGCGGCGACCUGGCCAACAGAUUCGAAUGGCGGUAUUUCGUACGGCCCAACUCGAACUCCAAAGCCAACAAGAACCUCUCGCCGAGGAUCCUGACGAAGGUCGGCAAGAAGCUGCGCGUGAACGGGGAGAAUCUUCUAACGAUGGAGUACGAUCGAGAGACCGCCUCCGUGUCCGUUUUCAUGGACGACAAGGUGGAGUUGUUGAACGUCACCUACGAUCGAUCGGCCCGACCGGUCAAACUGGGACCCAGGAACGGCAUAUUCGCCGAAGUGGAACUGGAAUACGACAGGUUCAGCAGGUUGACGAGAUGGAAAUGGGGCGAUUUGAGCGAGAAUUACGGAUUCGACAGGGCCGGGAGAUUGAACGAGAUUAAAUACGGCGAUGGAUCGUCGUUGGUGUACGCUUUCAAGGAUAUGUUUAGUAGUCUGCCUCUCAAAGUCAGCACUCCCAGAGGAUCGGAUUAUCUUCUCCAAUACGACGAUUCCGGCGCUCUGCAAUCUCUCACGACGCCUCGAGGCCACAUACACACGUUCACCUUGCAAACUUCGCUGGGUUUCUUCAAAUACCAGUACUUCUCGCCGAUGAACCGCCAUCCUUACGAGAUCAUUUACAACGACAACGGGCAGAUUUUAGGGAAGAUCUUCCCUCACCAGUCCGGCAGGGUAUCGUACGUGUACGACAACGCCGGUAGACUGGAAACCACUUUAGCCGGAAUGAGCUCUACCCACUACGUCUACCACGAUCUUCUGGAUCUCGUCAAGAGCGUAGAAAUCAUCGAACCCAACUUCGAACUGAAACAGGAAUACAAAUACCACGCGGGCAUACUCAAAGACGAAAAAAUUAAAUUCAACAGCAAAAGCGGCUUGGAUAACGCCCAUUACAAAUACCAGUACGACGGCAACGCCAGAUUAUCCACCAUCGAUGUCGACGUCAACGGCAAAGAAUUGCCGCAGUUGAGAUUGAAAUACAACCAAAACCUCGGCAUUCUCGAAGGCAUCAGCGAUCUCAGAGUCUACAGAAACACCUUCAACAGAUCCGUAAUGCAAGACACCACUAAACAAUUCUUCACGAUAACAGACUUCGACGACCGCGGUCGCAUCAAAACCAUUCUGAUCAACAUCAAAUCGUUCGACGUGUUCCGAUUGGAGCUCGAAUACGACGCGCGGAACCGCAUUAAAAUGCAGAAACUGAUGGUGGGCCGGUCCCAAUUCAUGGACAGGUUCUCGUACAAUUCCGACGGGCACGUGCUCGAGGUCAUCGGCAGCAGCAACUGGAAGUACGUGUACGACGAAAACGGCAACAUAAUCGGCGUGAUCAAGGAGAAGGACAAGAUAUCGCUGGGCUACGACAGCGGCGAUAGGGUCGUGCAAUACGGCGACGUGGAGUUCUACAGUUACGAUACCAGGGGCUUCGUGGUGCGCAGGGGCGAGCAGAAGUACAGGUACAACUCGAAAGGGCAAUUGAUACACGUGUUCGAGCGAGACAAGCUGCAAAUUUGGUACUACUACGACGAUAAGGAUAGGUUGAUUUCGUGGAACGACGAUAAAGGAAACGUCACGCAAUACCUGUACACGAAUCCCAGCACGCCGGAUCUUCUGACGCACGUGCAUUUCCCGAAAACGGGGAGAACGUUUAGGUUCCUCUACGAUUCCAGAAACGUUAUUAUUACCGUCGAGACAUCGGAACAAAGGUUUUACGUAGCGUCGGAUCAGAACGGCUCGCCCAUUGCUCUGUUCGACAUCAACGGCAAUCUGAUCAAAGAAAUCAGAAGGACGCCGUUCGGUAACAUCAUACUCGACACCAAUCCAGAUUUCUACCUGCCGGUAGACUUCCACGGCGGCAUUCUGGAUCCCAACACCAAAAUGGUCUUCAUCAACAAGAGAAUCUACGAUCCGGUCGUCGGCCAGUGGAUGACGCCGGCCUGGGAACGUCUAGCAAUGAAAUUGUCCAUUCCCACCGACGUAUUCAUAUACAGAUUCCACAACAACGAUCCCGUCAAUGCGAAGCUCACGUUGGACUACAUGACGAGCUUCGACAGCUGGUUGAGGCUGUACGGUUACGAUGUAGAGAAAAUGCUGGGCUCCAAAUACAUCACUAGCUUAAUAUACAGGCCUAAGGCUCUGUUGACUGCUCCCCAACUGGCGCCUAGUUUUGGAAUUAUGAGUGGACUUCAAUGUAUUGUAGAUAAGAUUAACGAGAAAUUCAUGGAUCUGAGUUUCGUUCCGAAGCCGCUGCUUAAGAUGGAACCGAAAACGAAGAACCUGCUGCCUCGCGUCGCCUACAGGCGCUCGGUGUUCGGCGAGGGCAUCCUGAUAUCGCGCGUGGGAACGCGGGCGCUGGUCAGCGUCGUCGAAGGCGUCAACGGCGUCGUCCAGGACGUGGUGACCUCGGUGUUCAACAAUUCGUACUUUUUGAACUUGCAGUUUAGCAUUCACGAUCAGGACGUGUUCUAUUUCGUUAAAGACAAUGUACUUAAGAUUCGCGACGAUUUGGAGGAGCUGCGCCGGCUCGGCGGCAUGUUCAACGUGUCGACGCACGAGAUAACCGAGCACGGUUCGACGACUACCAUUAAAGAAUUGCGAUUGCACAAUCCCGAUGCAGUAGUUAUUAUCAAAUACGGCGCCGAUCCUGACGUGGAAACGCACAAGAUACUCAGGCACGCGCACAAAAGGGCUGUGGAGAGGGCCUGGGAAAUCGAGAAGCAACUGGUAGCUGCCGGUUUCCAAGGUAGAGGCGAUUGGACUGAAGAGGAGAAAGAGGAAUUGAUAUCUCACGGUGACGUCGACGGUUACGAAGGAAUCGAUAUACAUAAUAUUCAUAAAUAUCCGCAAUUGGCUGACGAUCCAGGAAAUGUCGCAUUCCAAAGAGAUACAAAGCGCAAAAGACGAAAGAGCGGUGUCAGAAGAAGUAGGAUCCACAGACAUUCGUGAUUAAGUAAUAAAAAUGGUGAUAUUAAGUUAAAAAGAUAUUAACAUCAAGAAUAUUUUUAUGUGCCAUACUCCUGUUGACACCAUAAAUCAAACUAGUCGUUUUUCUUUCAGUCAAUAAAUAGAGACGUAUAUUUUAAAUGACAAAAAAAUCGCGACGUCUAUUCGGAGAAUUUCUCUUUUUCAAGAACUGAAAAUACCCAAGAAGGAGCUAAUGAAAACGCUUUUUUCAUAUAAUAUUUGUUUCGCGUAUAAAAACAGAAAUUUCAAAUAGCACCAUCAGGUUUUUGCAUGAAUAGCAUUUUCCUUUAUUGAACAAGAAAUAUUCUAUGCAUUCAAAUAAUGAAAAAUGGAAAAAAAUUAAGAGUCUGUCCAAUGAAAGUUGUUUUUUAACUGUGUUGUGUAAAAACAAUCAAAAAUAGGCCUACUAAUUAAACGAACGAUGAGUUUGUCCUACAGGGUAGUUCACUUUACUCUAGAGGAUUGAAAAAAAAUAUUGAUAUUACAAGACUCUCUGGAUAUAGUUUAAUAUAUUUAAAGUAAAAACCUGUAAAUAUAUCAGAAGCUUUUUAUAUGAAAAAUAAUAGUGAAUUGCUAUGAGAAGUAAUGAUUAGAAUUUUUAUGCUGCAGAUUCUUAUGACUGUUUUCAUAAAAGAAAAUUUCGUUAGCAACCAAAUACACGAAUUUAAUUCAACAAAUAAAAUGAUUGCAAAAAAUAUGAUUUUCAAAAGGAACCCAGUUAAUGGUUAAUAACGAAUUUAUCUUAAGUAAAAACAUCAGGAACAUGUAGCAAUCGACUGAAAUAUUAAUCCAUUUCUUAUUGAUUAUAGAUACAUAUAUUAAAACAUAGUCCAUAGAUGUAUAUUGCAUUCAUUUUCAGUUGGUAUCGUUUAAAGUUUCUCAUUCUAUUGGUGCUUAUUCCCUAAAUAUGUUAGAUUUUUCUCAAAAAUAGCCUGUCGACAUAUUCCAUAUUUAUGGGCAAUGUUAUCAUUAGAAUAGCGUACUAUGUAAUGGGAGUGGAUUUGGAAAAUUAUUUUUCUAAAUUCUAAACCAACCCCACUUGAAAGUUUUUUUAUCUGAUUAGAAAAUUUUUUAAAUCAAAUUGUAAUUUAAAUUAAGUCGGGCAUUUUUCCAAAAUUGCAUUUUUUAAUAUCGGAUGAUUCACAAUUUAUGUAUAAACAUAUUUUCUAUACCUUAUAAUUAUUUAUUAGAUAAAUUUUUGCUGGUAUUUUUUGGAAAAAUGCUGUCAAUAUUAGUUAGUGUAAUAGCUGAAAUAUUCAAUGUGUUUUUAGGGUACGGCUGUUGUAAUGAUAAAAUAACUCUUUCUCUAUUCAUACGAAAGUGUAAUCUCGAUAAUUAAUACUCCUAUUAAUUUUAAUUUAUGUUCAUUUGGAACGAAACGUGGACGUUCUCGGCGCUAAAGUUAGCGGAAAUAUGGAAAAGUGAUAUUUUUUCUAAUGUGACUAAAAAAGAAAGCAAUACUUUUUAUCUGAAAAUAUCUUUAUUACUAAAUUAUUGAAUUAUGUGCAAUUGUUGUGUAGCUGUCGAAGAGGCAGCAGCACGCGUAAUGCAUUUGAACAUACUGACCAUAUUAUUCGUAAAAUAUUAAUAUUUUAUGUAUGUAUAUAUAAAUUUAUUG